GCUCACGUGACCACGCGAGUUACCCACGUGCAGACACAGCGUGCUCGAUUCUUUGUGCUUGGGUAAAAGGAGGAGCCAGGCUUGGGACCUGAGCAGACAACGCGUUAAGAAAACUGUUUCGGUGGGCGACGUGGAAUAGGUGCCGAAGGGCGUUAAUUACCGCGAUGCCGAAACGAGGGAAAAAGGGAGCGGUGGCAGAAGAUGGAGACGAACCCAAGACUGAGCCAGAGGCCAAGAAGAGUAAGGCGGGAGCAAAGAAAAAUGAAAAAGAGGCAGCAGGAGAAGGACCAGCCCUUUAUGAGGACCCGCCAGAUCAGAAAACCUCACCCAGUGGCAAAUCAGCCUCGGUCAAGAUCUGCUCCUGGAAUGUGGAUGGGCUUCGAGCCUGGAUUAAGAAGAAGGGUUUAGAUUGGGUCAAGGAAGAAGCACCCGAUAUUCUGUGCCUCCAAGAAACCAAAUGUUCAGAGAACAAACUACCAGCUGAACUUCAGGAGCUACCUGAACUAUCACAUCAGUACUGGGCAGCCCCAACAGACAAGGAAGGGUACAGUGGCGUGGGCCUACUCUGUCGCCAGUGCCCAAUCAAAGUCUCUUAUGGCAUUGGUGAGGAAGAACAUGAUCAGGAGGGCCGAGUGAUCGUGGCUGAAUUUGAGGCGUUUGUGCUGGUAACCGCCUAUGUACCGAAUGCAGGCCGUGGUCUGGUGCGCCUAGAGUACCGACAGCGCUGGGAUGAAGCUUUUCGCAAGUUCCUGAAAGGCUUGGCUUCCCACAAGCCCCUUGUGCUAUGUGGGGACCUCAAUGUGGCUCACGAAGAAAUUGACCUUCGCAACCCCAAAGGAAACAAAAAGAAUGCUGGCUUCACACCCCAAGAACGUGAAGGCUUUGGAGAGCUCCUGCAGGCGGUGCCUCUGGCUGACAGCUUCCGUCACCUCUACCCUGACAAGGCUUAUGCUUACACCUUUUGGACUUACAUGAUGAAUGCUCGGUCCAAAAACGUUGGUUGGCGUCUUGACUACUUCCUGUUGUCUCAUUCUUUGUUACCUGCCUUGUGUGACAGCAAGAUUCGUUCCAAGGCUAUGGGCAGUGACCACUGCCCUAUUACCCUCUACCUAGCACUGUGAUGCCUACCCUAAACCACUUUGACCCUGAGAAAUAUGCUUGUAUCCACACCACACCUCUUAGCUUUAAAUUUAUUCCCAAAUUGCUUUACUGCUUUCUAAAGAAAUCUGCAUUGUAUUUCCCUUAUAAAAAUGUGAACCUUUGAACCAGGCUUCUAGUGACAGACAAGUUAAUCCUUUAAUUCAAGGGUGUUUUUUUAUUUUAAUUUUUUGGUAUUUUGAGGGUUUGUUUAUUAAACAUUGCACCAAAAGCUACUUCUUCCUUUGAACUAUUCUCGUGAAAAUAAAAGAGCCAUAGUUUCA